UCCCGCGCGCUCCGUCCUGUUUGUCGUGGGGGGCCCCCGGUGCCGGCCCCGAGUCCCAUCGCACGUGCGUCCGCCCGUGUGGCAUGAGCCUGCCCUGCCCGCCCCCGCCACCCCUGCAGGGGGGCAGCCCAUCGGGCAGCCCAGGGGGCAGCCGGGGGGAAGGCCCGCACGCCCGCGAGUGAGUGCAGCGCAGUGCAGCGCAGUGCAGCGCAGUGCAACGCAGUGCAACGCAACAUACGCGCCGACCACGUGGAAUAAACACAACCAGUCAACGGGGACGCGACGAAAUUGCAUCGGUGCCGGCGGGCGUUCCCUCGGUGGCCCGUGGGCGUGGCGCGGCAUUGAUGAGGCGGGCGCGCCGGGGCGUGCGGCGGCGUGCGUGGCGGGUGCCGCGUGCCGCCGCUGCCUCCGCCUCCGCCGCCGCCGCCUCCACCGCCGCCGCCGCCCCCGCCGCCGCAGCACCAUGCCGCCGAGCAGCGCCGAGCAGCGGCAGCAGAAGCAGGAGCAGCCAAAGGAUCCGCCUCGCAGCGACCGAACCCUUCCCGAUCACCUCCCGGCGGGCCGCGUGGGCCGCAGGGCGCCUCGCCGGGCGUGCCUCCGCAUAGCGCCCCGCGCAAGCCGCGAGCGGAGCGGAGCAGGCACGCCGACAAGGUCGGGGCUGCCCCGCCCCGCCAACUUCGGAGCGGUUCACUUAAGCCGGCCGAAGAGGAGCGUUUUACACGUUUAGGAUAAAUUUAGUUAGCGCGGGCCGACGCGUCGUCCGGUCGGACGUGCGGCGAAUAUGAACUCGUCCGGGCUGCUGGCGGCGCUGGACUACGGCGUGGCGGCCCCCGCCACCGCCGCGCUGGGCGCCAACUGGACGCUCGACUGGAACGCGACGGGCGACUGGAACGGCACGGACGCGGGUGGGGGCGCCGGCUGGGGGGCGCUGGACAUCGCGCGCGAGCGCUCGGCGCUGGCCGUGCUGCUGCUCCUGUGCUCAGUGGCCACCGUGUUUGGCAACGCCCUGGUCGUGGCGGCCGUGGUGCGCGAGCGCUACCUGCACACGGCCACCAACUACUUCGUCACGUCGCUGGCCGUGGCCGACUGCCUGGUCGGCUUCGUCGUCAUGCCCUUCAGCGCCGUCUACGAGGUGGUAGAGAACCAGUGGCUGUUCGGCACCGACUGGUGCGACGUGUGGCGCUCGCUGGACGUGCUCUUCUCCACGGCCAGCAUCCUCAACCUGUGCGUCAUCUCGCUGGACCGGUACUGGGCCAUCACCGACCCUUUCACUUACCCGACCAAAAUGACGCGGCGCCGCGCCAUCUACCUGAUCGCCGCCGUGUGGGUGUGCUCGAGCGCCAUCUCGUUCCCGGCCAUCCUGUGGUGGCGCGCCGUGCGCUCCGAGGAGGUGCCGCAGUUCAAGUGCCCCUUCACGGACAGCCUCACCUACCUCAUCUUCAGCUCCACCAUCUCGUUCUACCUGCCGCUGUUCGUCAUGGUGUUCACCUACUACCGCAUCUACCGCGCCGCCGUCAUCCAGACGCGCUCGCUCAAGCUGGGCUCCAAGCAGGUCAUGAUGGCCUCGGGCGAGCUCGAGCUGACGCUGCGCAUCCACCGCGGCGGCACGGGCAGCAGCGGCGGCAGCAGCGGCGGGCCCUCGGACCAGCACCAGCAGCAGCGCGCCAGCCAGAGCCACGCCUACCAGUCGGCUACCUCCACGCCGGAGGAGCCCAUGCCCGCCGGCGACAUUGAGGACCCGCUCACGCCGUCGCCGCACAACGGCUUGUCCAGGCACGGCGGCGGCGGUGGCGGCAGCGGCAGCGCCGGCCACAGCAAGAACCUCGGCAAGAACUUCAGCAUCAGCCGCAAGCUGGCCAAGUUCGCCAAGGAAAAGAAGGCGGCCAAGACGCUGGGCAUCGUGAUGGGCGUCUUCAUCGUCUGCUGGCUGCCCUUCUUUGUGGUCAACCUCUUGUCGGGCUUCUGCCCGGCGUGCAUCGUCAACGAGCAGCUUGUGUCCGCCAUCGUCACGUGGCUGGGCUGGAUCAACUCGGGGAUGAACCCCGUCAUUUACGCCUGCUGGAGCAGGGACUUCAGGAGGGCUUUUGCUCGGAUUCUGUGCGCCUGCUGUCCACGCAAGAUAAGAAGGAAGUACCAGCCGACUCUGCGCUGCAAGAGCACGCGGGCCUACCCCUCCCAGCCACGGGCCGAGCCGUGCCCGUGCGGGCGCGCGGGCCGCGGCCUUAACCCCCGCCUCUCUCCUCACCUGGACACCCUGGCACCCCUGGCACCCGUCUCCGACUCGCGCUCCGACUCUAGGCACCACCACCACCGGCCGCGGCCGUCCCACAGCAAGCGCGCGCACAAGGUACCCUUCGGACUGGCGUGACGAGCGAGCGUCGCGUGGGACCUGGUGCGCUCAUGCGGGAGAUGACGGUUUGCUCGGGUUACUCUUCUGUUAAGGCACUCUGCUCGUGUAUCAAGUACGCGUUGCGAAAGAGGAGAUAGCGCGUGGCAAACAGUUUUCUCCACGCCGAGUCCAGCAAGUCCUGUGACACGUGCACCCAAAAAAUAUUUUAACUCAAGAGCGAGGGGCUCGGGAGGAAGUCCGUAUGCAUUUAAUUAUCUUGAGUGUGGGUAUUCCCAAACCUCUUGCACUUGAUUUUAAAAAAUAUUAUUUUUGAGGUGUAUCACGCAAGGAGUCGUACACAACAAUAUGUAGUGUAUUUCGACUAACGGAGGAAGAAGAAGAGCGGGUAGAACAUAAACGUUACCGAUUGGUCGAGAGCUUCCCACCUCUACGCUACCUCUACGUCACGCCGGUAGUGGGGGUAAGCGCCAGGGACCUGCGUAGGGCGGGCACUUUCCGGGCACCUCGCUCUGCGCGCAUGAAAAAAGUGACCACUGCCCGCCCGGAGCGCCUAUAGAGCGCCCGGCCCUGCCCUGCCCGGCGG